AUGCAAGCUUCUGGCAUGAAGCCUGAUUUUCACACUUACUGUGUGGUACUGGAUGGAUUAUGCAAGACUGGACAUGUCGACGAAGCAUUGGAGUUAUUCCAUGCAACUGAAGCCGAUGGAACAGAUCUUCACAUUGAAAUGUACAAUAUCAUGCUUGAUGGGUUGUGCAAAUGCAGGAGGGUCGAUAGUGCCCGAGAUCUUUUCAAAAAUCUCUCCCUUAAAAGAUUGGACCCUGAUGUCAUAACAUACAACACCAUGAUUGCUGGCCUGCUUUCAGAAGGUCUGCUCAUUGAAGGUAAAGAGCUCGUUGAAAAAAUGGAAGAGAAGGGUUGCUUGGCAAAUAGUGUUACAUACAAUGUCAUUCUGCAAGGACUCCUUAAGGGAGCAAGAGGUUCAUGGAUGGGGGACAAAGAGGACCUUCACAUUAGUUGUAACAUGUUGAGGAGGUCUCUUGGUGACAUUCUGCAAGGACUCUUUAAGGGAGGACAUUAUGAUGAUGGGAUUGUCUAUCAUGAAGAAAUGGUUCAUAGAGGAUUCUUGCUGGAUGCAUCUACAUUUUCCAUUUUACUUGAUUUAUCUGCUGAGAAUCAGAACAAUCCUUCUGUGCUAAUGCUGAUGCUGAAGAUUGAUCCUGAUAGCAAGAAGUUUAUGGAUGGGAGAUAA